AUGUUGCGAUCUUUACUUGGAGGAGCAAGAAAACAAGGUCCGAAAAGGGCUGUUGUGUGGUCCCCCGAUGUGGUGGACAAUGCUAAGCCCUUGCCAGACUCCCCGAGAGCAGGAAUGUCCGAUGACGAAGCCAUAAAAAAGUCAGGAAAAAACUUUACAAUUUCGGAUGAAGACGAAAGGAAACGUAGACGAUCCGUUCGGUUUGGGGCAAUGCCGUCGGAAAAUGACAAUAGCAUAAGCCAAGAAAGUCCUUCUAAAGUGAACCCACUAUCAGAUUUUUCUGUAGAACAAGCUGCACAAAUAAGUAAUCUCACUGAAAAUGAAAGAAAACGUCAACGAGCCGCUCGAUUCGGAGCAAAUCCGCUUCAAAGUCAACAUUCUCAUAAGCCAAAAGCAGAAAAUAAUCGAUCUCAAGAAUUAGAACAAUUAGGAACAAGAGUGAAAGAUUUUGUUGAUACGACGAGACUAUACGCUCAAGUGCAGGAUGCAAUUUCUGAGGCAUUAAAUGAAGACACGUCAAGUGAAACAGGACGAAGUCGAGCGUGGGACUAUUUUCAUGACGGGUUUAAAGUUGAUCAUAAAGUAAAACGUCGAGAAUCUGAAUCAAUAUCUGAAAUCGAUGCACCAUUCGAAUUCCAAGUCGAACCUCAAGUUGUUCAUCAGGAUACUUUGCAAGCAAUUUUCGAGGAUUCAGAGAAAGUUAACAACAAAUUUGGAUUGAAACUAGAAACCAAUUCGACAGCUGAAUUAGAUUGCAUCAUACCAAGUCCUCGUUAUGCCGACAUCAUAAAUGCGAAAGAGAUCCAAAGUUCGUAUGAAAAGUUUUCUUUUGUUCCCGAGACAUUGAAAUCAAAAUCGAAUGAGACUUCUCCAGUGAUUUCCUCCGUAAAUUACGAGGAAGAAACUAUUGCAGCCAGCACCGAUGAGAAUACAGUAAUAGAUACAACAGAUACCGAUGCAGCGGAUGAACUUGAUCAGGCAUUUCGAUUUACGACGGUUUGCGAUUUACGCGAUGAGGUGUUAGGCCCUCCACCUUCAGCUCCAUUUCAAUUGCAACGAGAGAAACUUCGUCAGGAGCAAGCUUUUAAACGAAAGGUUUCUUUUAAAAAAUUCGCGAUAAAGAAGAUGAUUGACCGUGAAUCUGCGGAACGUUCGCGACGACGAAAAUAUCGCAUGGCAAUCUUCGAUGCGAACCGUGCUCAUUCGGUUACUGCGGUACUUGGCGAACUCGACUCGGUAGUGGAACUCGACACCCCCACCGAACGUUUAUUCAGGCUUGAACAUCCUGAAUAUUUUCCGAAAGAGCCUUCAGAAUCGCGCGAAGAGCGACUUCGCGAGUACGAAGAGGCACGUAGUUCUUACGACGCGAAGACACGUCUAAAGCGCCUUCGCGAAUUGGAUGAUGAUCAAGAAAAUAAAAAAGUAGCCCGACAGAAAGUCCAAGAGGAAAAAAAUCGGAACCCACCUUCCGAAUCCGAGAUCUGGGAAUCACGGAAAGAAAAAGACAGUUUUCCCUCGGAUAAAGAAGAUUAUGACGAUGAUGAAAGCGAUGAAGAAUUCGACGCUUUCGAAGAAUCGUCAGUACCAUUACAAGUCCGGCAACAUACUCGGCGCAAGAAGACUUUCUUAUCGUAUAAUGAACUUCGCCGCCAGGUUAAAGAAAAAGAGCGUAGCGAAAAGGCCCAGCGAGAACUCACAAAGAUCCAAGAAACGGCACGAAAAUGCCAAAUUGAAGAUUUGCGUCACCAAAUCCUUGAAGAAGAGCGUAAUCGUAAAAGGCAGAAACUCGUUGAUCUUUCCAACGAAAGGGAUAGACGUGAUGCAAUAACCAUUCAACAUAUUCGCGAAGUGGCAGCAACCAAAAUCGCAAUAGGACGGGCGAUUCGUGAAUUGGAGGAUAAGAUUUCCGCAGCCGAAGCACAAUUUCAUGAGAAAAAAUCUC